UUUUGGCGUUCCUGCACGGAGAGGAGCAUCACUUUCCCCUUUUUUCCCCCCCCGGUGGAAGAAGAAGAAGAAGAAGAAGAAGAAGAAGAAGGGCUCGUCCGGUUUCUCCGCCUGGGAUUUGGAUUUGACAGCACCCUCUUUCUGAGCAUUUUCAAAGGCAUUCCGUUUUUUUUUUUUUUUUUACUUGGACUUUGUGAGAGUAACAGGUUCGAGUGUGUUUUUGUUGUUGGUGUCAGUAGCUACAUGAUGGCUACUUUACCCGGAACAGUGCCUCGGAUGGUGCGCCCUGCGCCAGGCCAGAACUACCCCCGAACCGGCUUCCCCCUGGAAGUGUCCACCCCUCUGGGCCAGGGGAGGGUGAACCAGCUUGGCGGCGUGUUCAUCAACGGGAGGCCCCUGCCAAAUCACAUCCGACACAAGAUAGUGGAGAUGGCCCACCACGGAAUCCGACCCUGCGUAAUCUCGCGACAACUGCGAGUUUCUCACGGUUGUGUGUCAAAGAUUCUGUGCCGGUACCAGGAGACGGGAUCGAUCCGUCCAGGGGCCAUAGGAGGCAGCAAACCCAGGCAGGUGGCAACUCCUGACGUGGAGAAGCGGAUCGAGGAGUACAAGCGCGAGAACCCGGGCAUGUUCAGCUGGGAGAUCCGGGAUAAGCUGCUGAAGGACGGGGUGUGCGACAGAAGCACGGUUCCUUCAGGUGAGGCUUCAUCUGUGAGCUCCAUCAGCCGCGUUUUGAGGGCCCGAUUUGGCAAAAAAGAUGACGAGGAUGACUGUGAUAAGAAGGAUGAAGAUGGAGAAAAGAAAACAAAGCAUAGCAUCGAUGGCAUCCUCGGUGAUAAAUGUAACCGCGCAGACGACUGCUCAGACGUCGAUUCGGAGCCCGACCUGCCCCUGAAGAGGAAGCAGAGACGCAGCCGCACCACCUUCACGGCCGAGCAGCUGGAGGAGCUGGAGAAGGCAUUCGAGAGGACGCAUUAUCCCGACAUCUACACCCGAGAGGAGCUGGCUCAGAGGACCAAGCUCACAGAGGCCAGAGUGCAGGUUUGGUUCAGCAACAGGCGAGCUCGGUGGCGCAAACAAGCCGGAGCCAAUCAGCUCGCCGCUUUCAACCACCUGCUUCCUGGAGGAUUCCCGCCCACAGGAAUGCCAACUUUGCCCACAUACCAGCUACCAGACUCCAGCUACCCCAGCACCACACUAUCACAGGAGGGCAGCACGUUGCACAGACCCCAGCCUCUGCCUCCAUCCUCCAUGCACCAGGGAGGCCUCAGUGCCGACAGCAGCUCUGCUUAUGGCCUCUCAUCCAACCGACACAGCUUCUCCAGCUACUCUGACACCUUCAUGAGCCCCUCGGCCUCCAGCAACCACAUGAACCCUGUCGGCAACGGGCUCUCCCCACAGGUGAUGAGCAUCCUGAGCAACCCCAGCGCCGUGCCCUCCCAGCCCCAGCACGACUUCUCCAUUUCCCCCCUGCACAGCAGCCUGGAGAGCUCCAACCCCAUCUCGGCCAGCUGCAGCCAGCGCUCCGACACCAUUAAGAGCGUGGACAGCCUGGCCUCCUCUCAGUCCUACUGCCCCCCCACCUACAGCGCCACCAGCUACAGUGUGGACCCCGUCACUGCGGGCUACCAGUACAGCCAGUAUGGACAGACUGCUGUUGACUACCUGGCCAAGAACGUCAGCUUGUCCACCCAGAGGAGGAUGAAACUUGGGGACCACUCGGCCGUGCUGGGGCUUCUACAGGUGGAGACAGGACAGGCCUACUGAAGACGCCCAUCAUGCACCACUUUCCUCCAUGCUCCAUCAGGUCUGGACUCCGGCUCCAUAACAUCAGCGCACAGACAUGCAGCAGAAAGUGACGCUUUACGGGUGUGACGAGGCAACCUUUUUCACGCCAUCGUCGACCACCAGGCGGCUCUGCACCCCUUUUCUUUUCCAGUGUCUCUGCCUGCUUCCUGUGCUCCCACCCAAGCUCAAAAACAGACAGGAACCCUGAAGCACCCUGAGAUCGUCGGCCACACUGGCCCGGCUCCCUCUUUAUCAUGGCUGCAGUCCAGCACACAUUCAGAGCCAUCAACAACAUGUACUUUGACCUUGCUGUUCAUAGUAGUUAACAAAGCCAAUAUCAUUUGAACGCCUCUUCUUGUUCCUUUUUGAUAUUGUUAAGAUUAUUGUUGCUGUUAUAUGAUUAUGGUUAAUGUGAUUUAUGUUGUUCUUUGAUUCCACUCGUAUCUCUUUUUCCCUGUUAGAUGUCAGUUUGUAAAACAGUGUGGAUGAGACGGGGGUGUGAGUGUCUGUUGCGUGUGCAUGUUUUUUUUUUUUUUUUUUUUAGCGUGUCGGCAGAGUCUCACAAGAGAGAGAGGAUGAUUGUUUUCCAAGCUGCUGCUCUUCUGCCUGUUCCCUGAGCUCUAAUGUUCGUGAGCGGUUUGACCUUCCCACUUUCAUAUUUCGUCUUGACAUUCCUAAAGAACUUGGCCACUCGGUGGGAAGUCUGGCUGGAUGGAUUCUGCAGGGAAUUAAAGCAGCGUUUUUGGCCGCCAAUAGCUUUCCCCUUCUAACCUCCACCCCAUCCUUAGCCGUGGUCCACUGGGAAGGGGGCAUUGUUUGCAAAAACAGGAUUGGGGAAAUUAAUGUAUUUUGUUUAGAAAUAUGGACCUUGCCAAGGAGGGCUAACUCAAUCCUCCCCCUCCCCGCUAAAUCCCAUCUGCUGGGAAACCCUGUGUGACUUUAAAGCAGAUUAUAUCACAAGAAAAUAAUGUCAGCGCUAAUUCACAGUGACCCUUCUCUAUUACUAGCCAGUAUUUCUGUUUUUAGAGCCUGAUUAGCACAUUUUGUAAAUGCACCUUCCACUCUUUCUGACUGAAUAAGCAUUCCUCGAAACAUUCCUGCGUCUGCAAGCAUUCCAGCACUCUCUGUUAUGAGAUUAAGAAGUACACAAGCUGUUCCAUUCACAUGCACUGUGGAAAAUCUCAUAAUCCAGUCAGAUGUGAAAGGGCACAGGUAACACGGCUGAUUGGCCCCCCACUCUUGUUUUAGACCUCUAAUCCUCAUGGAAAUGUACAAAAAUGAGAAAAAACUUAAAGAAUAGAAGAUAUGAGACAUUUGUGUAGCACUCAUAGUUGACUUUUGACACGAUCCAGGACAAGCUGUUCCCCUGAGAUAUGUUUUAUUUCUUUCUUUCCCUAAAAUCAGCAUCCAUGUGGCGAUGCUUCGGUCCUUAGUCACCUUUUAAAACCUAAACCAUGUACAGUAGCUGGGCAGAUUGUGUAUUGUCUGUUUAUAAAGAGUAUGUUUUAUACUAAAACAAAACUUAUGUUGAGUGGUAGGUACGUGAGGGAUCGUUGUGGAAGUAUAUGUUUGAGUUUGGCUUGUUUUUUGUUCAUUUUUUGUUUAAAUUGUAUUUAAAUCUUGAUUUGACCAAAAGUUUUUGUUUUUGGGCCCAGGUAAGAAUGAAUUUGUAUAAAUUAGUAAAAAUAAUUCCAUUAAAAAGUGUAAAAAGAGGACAACUGAGCUAAAAAACAGCUCCAUGGACCACACAGGACUGGUGUAUAUUUAAAAGGUGCUUCACUGAGGCGUCCUCUUGUGUAUUUCGAGGAUGUGUCCGCCCACCUGAUCUUACAGACUGGUUCUAAACGUGCAGACUCUCUGAGACUUUGCUGUGAGAGUUCACCACCGGUUCACAAGCACAAUGAGGAUGAUGAUGGAGGAGAAGUCCUCUCCACUCUGGGAAACUGACUUAAGUCACGUUUGAUGGACCAAUGAGACUCCAGGAGAGAGAGAAAAAAAGUUAACGCUGACUCCGCACUGAAAUGGCAGCGAUCCGAGCUGCUCUCCCUCCCCUUAGACGCCUCACUCGUGUAUAUUUUAAAAAGGAAGAAUUUUAGAAUCGUCUUUAGUGUAUCAAAACCAUUUCUAACACUUGCGUCAGUAAACAUUUGGAUAUUUAAAGCUCCUGUCCCUCCUCUCUCCUCCUCGUCUGUUUGACUCUUAACCUGUUUAGUUGCUUUCUGACAUCUGUGCUUUGCUUUGACUCCUUCUUCUGUUCCGCAUGUGUGUAUAUUAUCAUGGUAUAAUUUAUUCUGCUGUAUGAAGUAUUAGAGUAGUGGGAAACUUGUACUGGUAUUUACUACCU